GGAAAAGGCAGGUACAGUCACAUCCUGCUGGCAUGCAAAAAGAUAGAGGGUGGGAGGAUAGGAGGUUGUGUGUCUAUCAAGGGUGAAACCUUAUGAAUUACUUUAUGAUACUGUAUAUUGCUUUUGUAAAACGUCCGACUCUGCUUUUGGUUAGAUUGCCCAACUGUUGCAUGACUUUUUCUUUGUGUGUCUACGUGCAUGCAGUGUGUGUGUGCCUGCCAAGUUUUCAUAGUAGAUGAAUGUGUCAUGUUUUUUACUGCACUUUGCCUGAGAUUAACUGUUCACCUUUUACGGUCGGGAGGGAGGUAGUAUUGUCAUUCAGCCAGAGAAGGAGGAGGGGUUGACAAACAAGCGAGUCAGGAGGGAGGUACAGAAGGAAAAGGAGUGGCCUUCUGCUGAUAGUCGCCCUCUCUACCGGAGUAGUCUUCUCUCAGUGGCAGCUUACAGGAGGGAAAACAAACCAGAAGUUUUGAGAUACAGAGCAGGGAAGGAGAAAAAAGAAAAGACAGAGCUGUCCUCAAACCGAAUUUUCUCCCAGGCUGUAUGUAGGUUUUAUACAGUCAUGGCAUCAGCAGCUCCACCAAAAAGGAUGGUGUCUUCUGUCUUCAUCACUCUUGCGACUCCUCACCAUGCCACUGUGACACAGCAGCAGCCUGUCCUCCAAGCUCACAGUGCCCCGGCCAGAGACAAGCAGCACACUGCUGCACGAAUAAACCCAAGUGACAACAUCCCCGCCAUCAGACAUAAGAAAGAGGACCACUCACAGUCUGAGUCCUAUGGCAGUGUAGACAGCAAAGACUGGACUCGUACAUCUGCCCAACCUGGACCCAGCAGAGGACCGCUGCAAGAAGACUACAUAGGGGCUGCAGAACUCCUCCCUCCUCCUCCUGCUGCUGCACUGUCUUCAUCUGUGGGAACAUUGCUCUCUGAAGAAUCAGCACCUCCACCACCUCCUCCUGCCCAGUCGCCUCUCUGCCCACCUUUGACCCCAGGCCGGCAGCCAGUUUACAACAGAGAGGUGGAAACAAGCACACCAUCUAGUGGGUUAAAACAAGAUGAACAGUCCCAUGGGAUCUAUAAAAAUGGCCAAGACAUGAGCAGGGAGAGUAAAGAGGUGUGUGGCUUCUGUCGGAAACCCGUGGCUCUUUUUGAACCUGCAAUAGAGGCCUUAAAUAGGACGUACCAUGAUGGAUGCUUCCAGUGUAGAUCUUGUCACAUUCCCCUGGCUGGUAAACAGUACUACAACAAGGCAGGAAUCCCACUCUGCGAAGACUGCUACCAGGCCAGUCUGGAACUUUGCUGGGCAUGUGGGGAGGUUAUCACAGAUCAUGUUAUCCGUGCACUGGAGCGAGCAUACCACCUUUCUUGUUUCAACUGUGCAACAUGUAAACAGCAAAUUGGAGAGCAAGCUUUUGCUCAGGGAGAAGUUGGAGAAGUGUAUUGCCUCCAGGACUAUUACAGGAAGUAUGCUCCAAAGUGUAAUGCCUGCAACCAGCUAAUCAUUCCAAAGGAAGAUGGUACUGACAGCUAUAAUGUUAAAUGCCUGGGACGCUCCUACCAUGAGAACUGCUACAGAUGCGAGGUCUGUGUCAUCCAGCUCUCUCCUGAACCAAAUGAGCGUGGCUGCUAUCCUUUGGAAGGGAAGAUGCUUUGCAAAUCUUGCCAUAUGAACCUGGUUUCUGACCAGCACUAACACUGACCUUACAGCCCGGGAUAAACUGCAAAAAAUUGUCUCCUUUUUUACAAUAUAUCAUGCUUUCUAAAGAUGCUUUUCUUCUUUAAUACUUGAUAAUUUUGCACUCAAACUACAAAAUGCACCAAAUAUAUUUAUGCAAUAGCCUUUAUAAAACAUAUCGCAAGCAUUAUUUGAAUUUUUGGAAAUCUUAAUCAGUAUACUGUUUCUCACAUUUACCCAUUAUAUAUAUAUAUAUAUAUAUAUAUAUAUAUAUAUAUAUAUAUCAUAUAUAUGUAUAUAUAGUUUUACUUUAUAUUAAAAAAACGUUUAUAUAGAAGUAAACUAAUAUAUUUUAUCUUGAGGCAGGCUCCAACAUCCAUUGCCGAUGGAAAUUCAGCAGGAUUUCACUAAUUUAGGCCGUUGACUUGGGCUUUCCUUGUGUUGGCAUUUGAACCUCUGGUUGAUUUAUGAGGACUAUGGUUGACCUUUUUUCAGAUCUCUGCAAGGUAAAUCCAGACAGCUAGCUAGAUCAUCUGUCCAAUCUGAGUUUUAUUUUCCACGACUAAAACAACUUUUGGCGCUUAGCACCACCCACGGUGACAGUGAUUGGUGUAAAGAAAUGCCAAUAAACUAAAGCACGUUUUUCUCCCAUCCUGGAAUGCUGUGUGGACUAGCCAGACCCUCCUCCGCGGCACUGUGGAGGAAGGUCUGGCGAUGCGUGACUAGCUCCAACAUAAUGUGUUAAAUUACACAAACACAAUAUCAAUUCUGUACCCUCCUAUUAGUUAGAAGUUUUAUAAUGUGAAAAACAAAUUACAAUUUAACUCACAAUUGUUAAACUGGUAGGAAAAUUAAACUAAACAGUCAUAAUAUUUUAUUAUAAAAUAAUGUGUAACAGAGCACACUAGCACAUCCUUAAAGGAGAAUUCCGGUAGAUUCUAAACAGGGCAAGUUUUAAACUUGUUUUUAGCCUCUUACCAUGUUCAUAAUGUCAUUAAAAGUGCCUACCCAUGUGAAUAGAUUCUUUCCGAGUGAACACAGUGAACCUGACCGCAGUAGAUGUGAAAGAAAUGCAUGAAAGUUGUGCUAAUUCCGUUGUGUUUAGUUCCGGUGAUUUUGAACAUGUUCAGAGGCUAAAAACACAUUCAAAACUUACCCUGUUUAAAGUUUCAGACAGAUUUCAGCUGAAUUAUGUUAUUAUUUAUGUUCUGUAUCUCAAAUGACAUGUUUGUGGAAUUAUAUUUCUUGGUUUUAAAACA